GCGGGGCCAACAUUCCUGCCCUCUACUUUUGUCUCUACGUGGAGGAGGCAGGACUCAAAACUGGACGCUGUCUGGAAUUUCAGGCGCACCGACAUUACACCUUUUUCUGAGUGACCACUUCAGGUCAAUCACAGAAAAAUGUCUGGAAAGAUAACAAAAGAAGAGAUGGAGGAGAUGAGAGAGAUCUUUGGGAAAAUUGAUCUGGAUGGCAAUGGGCAUAUCUGUGAUUAUGAACUCCAUGAGCUCCUUAAAGAAGCUGGCCAUCCCCUACCUGGAUUCAGGGUCCGAGAGAUCAUCCAGAAACUCGACCGCAACAACGACAAUAAAAUCAGCUUUGAAGAGUUUUUGUCGAUUAUCCAGGAGCUGAAGGGCAGUCAAGUAGCAAAAACUUUCCGCAAGGCCAUCAACAGAAAAGAAGGCAUCCUGGCUAUUGGAGGGACGUCUGAGCUGUCAAGCGAAGGCACACAACACUCGUUCUCUGAGGAAGAGCGAUUUGCCUUUGUGAACUGGAUUAACACUGCCCUGGAAAAAGACCCUGACUGCCAACAUGUCCUGCCCAUGGAUCCAAACACAGACUCUCUCUUCACAGCUGUCGGAGACGGUAUAGUGCUCUGCAAAAUGAUCAACCUGUCGGUGCCAGACACUAUCGAUGAGAGGACCAUAAAUAAGAAGAAGCUGACGGCAUUCACAACACAGGAGAAUCUGAACCUGGCCCUGAACUCUGCUUCUGCCAUCGGCUGCCAUGUGGUGAACAUCGGUGCUUUAGACCUGAAAGAAGGGAAGCCUCAUCUGGUGCUGGGCCUGUUGUGGCAGAUCAUUAAGAUUGGUCUAUUUGCUGACAUUGAACUCAGCAGAAAUGAAGCGCUGGCGGCACUGCUGAGAGACGGGGAAACCCUGGAGGACCUGAUGAAGCUGUCACCAGAAGAGCUGCUGUUACGUUGGGCAAACUUUCACCUGGAAAAUGCCGGCUGGCAGAAGAUCAACAACUUCAGCUCUGACAUUAAAGAUUCAAGGGCCUAUUUCCACCUCCUGAAUCAAAUCUCUCCAAAAGGCACAGAUGAGGAUCAGCCACGCAUAGACAUCAACAUGGCAGGCUUCAGUGAGAAAGACGACGUGAAGAGGGCAGAAGCCAUGUUGCAGCAGGCUGACAGGCUCGGCUGUCGACAGUUUGUCACCCCAGCUGACGUUGUCAGCGGAAACCCCAAACUCAACCUUGCCUUUGUGGCUAAUCUGUUUAACAAAUAUCCAGCACUGACCAAACCUGAGGGUGAAGACAUUGACUGGGGGCUGUUGGAAGGUGAAACGAGGGAAGAGAGGACAUUUAGAAACUGGAUGAACUCCCUGGGAGUGAACCCGCAUGUGAAUCAUCUGUAUGGAGACCUACAGGACGCCAUGGUCAUCCUUCAGCUCUAUGAGAAGAUUAAAGUUGCAGUUGACUGGAACAACAAGGUCAACAAGCCACCUUAUCCCAAACUGGGAACCAACAUGAAGAAGUUGGAGAACUGUAACUAUGCAGUGGAACUGGGCAAGUCAGCCAAGUUCUCCCUCGUUGGCAUCGGCGGGCAGGACCUGAACGAUGGCAACGCUACCCUGACUCUGGCACUGGUGUGGCAGCUGAUGAGGAGGUAUACGUUGAAUGUACUGGAGGACCUGGGUGAUGGAGAGAAAGUAAAUGAUGACAUCAUUGUGAAAUGGGUGAACAAAACGUUAGCAGAGGCUGGAAAGUCGACCAAGAUUUCAAGUUUUAAGGACAAGGAGAUCAGCAGCAGUUUGGCAGUAUUGGAACUGAUAGACGCCAUCCAGCCCGGCAGCAUCAACUACGAGCUGAUUAAAACUGGCAGCCUCAGUGAAGACGACAAGCUGGAGAAUGCCAAAUACGCCGUCUCUAUGGCGAGGAAGAUCGGAGCCCGUGUCUACGCCCUGCCAGAAGACCUGGUGGAGGUCAAGCCUAAAAUGGUGAUGACAGUCUUCGCCUGCUUGAUGGGUCGGGGGAUGAAGCGAGCCUAAGCUGGAAUCAUUGUGACACUUCCUCCUACCUACUCACAGGCCAUUAGCAUUUUGAAAGAGCUCCCCCAACUGAAGGAAUGAAGUUUUUUUUUCUGGAAAUCAGUCAGAACCAUACAUUAGCAUGUCUCCCUGCCUCUUUAUCAUUAACAGAGGCGUUUUUCUGAAGAAUAAUGUGCUGUUCUCUCAUUUAAAACUGAGGCUACAACACUAAAUUGUCUAAAGAGAAGGCUCUCAUCAACUUGUUACUUUCGACAUGCACAACACUUCAUGUAUAAGAAUGCUGUUUUUUUUAUGCAAGUAUGCAUAUUUCCAGCUGCAAGGUUGUUUACAUAUUUUAUUUAGACUGAUAAGUAAAUUAUAGCCUUGAAUAAGCAACACACAUUCCUGAAUAACAUACUUAUGAAUAAAUGCUUGAGAAGGUAAGAAAGUCAGGGAGGCGGGAUGUUUCGGUGGAGCACACUUCAAAAAAAACACCCGAACAUUUCGUCUCACUUAAUGAAGUACAAGCAUGUCUUAAUAACUGGCACGAUAAACAUAUCUGUAUACAGAAGCCAUAAGGUCACGUUAUAUUAAUGACCAGCCUGAUUUGCUGUCUGUAUUCUUGUACCUGUCAUAUGUCUGUUUCUUGGGAUUAUUACGCGAGGUAAGUGCUGUUUUUGGGUCGUCUGGUCUUUGAUGUUUUGGGCUUUUGUUUUUUUUUUUUUGUUAUUGUUUUUUUUUGUUUUGUUUUUUUUUAAGUAUCUGUUACGUUGGAUGAGGAGCAGGCGGACUAGACUCCUGGCUUCUGCUGUGCCUUCUUGUCUCAAAGACAACUUGUACUUGUGCUUUGAGGAUUUUCCUGUUUCUUUUGUAUUCAACAUUACCAAAUAUAAACAGUAAUUUCAUUCCAGGUAGCUUCAUGAUAUUCUAUGACAAUGGCCAGAUUGUAUUUGGUCUCAUGUUCAUGUCUACUCUUAAGUGCUUUACAUAUAACAAUAAAUAUGACUUUGAAAUCA